AUGGAGAGUGUGCAGCAUGCAUUCUACGAGGCAUCGCAUUGGAAUGUGGACAAUUCCUAUGGCGCACUGAACGCGUCGGCACGAGCAUUGCUCGACUUUGACAUUCCCCGAGGAAUGCGCAUGCAGAUAUCCUCUCUCGCAGCUCCAAACUUUGCAACAUCAUACACCUUGGGCAGCGUGGGCGUGGUCGAUGGAUCGGUUUCGUAUCUGUAUUCCUCGCUGCCGUUGCGCAAGGAAUUCAAGACUUCGCAGAUUGACAUACAAAAUGUCGUACGAGGCUACCAACAUGCCAAAGAGCUGAGGCGACCCGACGAAAAAUGGUGGUGGGAAGUGUGGCAUGGUGGUCAACGGAUAGACGGCAGGAACACGCUGUUAUACGGUCGCGUUUUUCUACCUCAGUCUCGGCUGGAAGCACUCUAUCUGCGCCGCCUGGCGCCCACACGACAGCUUCGUAUCGCCGCCGUGAGCGACUCGAACCUUCACAAUGGCGGGACAAUCCUUACGCUUCUACAAAACGACGUUGGAAAAUACAGCACGGAAUACAUGUACAGCACUGACUCGGCUCUCAUGGGCGUGCGGGGCCUCUACAAUUUCGGACCCGACCCCAGAGUUGCGGCCACAGAAGCCGUGACGGUGGAGCAGACGGAAGCUGCAUAUGGCCGCUUUAGUGCAGGCGCAGAGUUGUACUAUGGCAUACUCAACAAGAGCGGAGGCAUCAGCACGGGAUUGAGGUUCGCCACGUUACCCAACCAUGCAGGCUUUCCGUAUACCAUGACGCUCACGCUAAACCCAUUGAUGGGAAAUCUUUCGUCGACGUACGCGGUCAAGGCUGGCGCCAACCUCGCGCUUUGUUCUCGCUUCGACUUCAAUUUCUAUUCUUAUGAAAGCGAGCUGCAGCUGGGAUGCGAACUGUGGCGUCUACGCGACACGUCUGACGUAGAGUGGGCCGUCAAGAAGCUGCGUACAGACUGGAAACAUGCGACGGUUUCGCCCAAAGACGAAGUGUCUGGAGUGCUCAAAGCCAAGGUGGACCAGGACUGGCGCGUCGGAGUAUUGUGGGAAGGCAGAAUCAAAGAGCUCCUCUUCACGCUUGGCGCCAGCCUGGACCUGAAGAAAAGAGAGCACAUGUUCCGAUCGAUUGGUGUCGAGCUGCAGUACGCCUCUUGA